AUCUGUUGAACUCACAAACACCCACCUCCCAUCAUCCACCACAAUUAAUUGAGCUGUCUUCGUGGCAAGUUGGCACCCGUUGGUCGCCGCCGGGGCCCCAGCGGAACCGAGGUCGGUACCAGGACAGCGACAGGACAGCACACAUAAAUAAACCAGCCAGCAUCAACCCGCUCCCGUCCCGUCCGACCUCCGAGGCCUCGGCAAUUAAUCACCGUGCCACAUGGUCCCCGCGGAUAGAAAAGGCCUUUUCGCCGAAUCGGUCACUCGGUCACACUUGCCAGAUGUUUUCGCCGACUGGAAGGCCCACCCAGGGCGCAUGCGCUUCCGGAAUCGGCAAUCCGAACCUCCGAACUGGGGCCACCACCAACAGAGUUGACAGUCCGUCAACGGUGGAUCGCAGGUUAGUUAUCUAAGGUAAUUCUUACGCGUCGGACGCGGGUUUUCCCAUUGUGUCUGGUCAGAUUGCCGCGCGGAAUUGGCCACACGACCCGUUCGCGAUACCGUCGAGAGCAAUAAAAACGGACAGAACGCGUGGUGUCGCGCGGGCUGCCUACGAGUAGGCGCGCACUCUCUCUUUUGUUUACCGCAAGAGUUUUGCGUGAAUCGCUAGCGCACCAUAGAAGACCUGGCCGGAACUGGUCCCGCGAUGCUGCCGCCUGCUACGAUGAUGAAUGGCGCUGGUGUGUGUUGGCCGUCCCAGCAGUGAUUGUGGAACGUGUUGGCCAGCACCACCACGUGCGCUGCCCGGAAGAGAAGAUGCACGCCACGCCAGACCGAGUUAUCUGUUGAUUAUUUAUUAACUGACGACCGUUCCGAGGGAUUCCUGGGGGGGUGAGCGUACUUCCGGGGUCGAGGGUAGAUUACAGUGACCCAGCGAUAGCUGGGCCAAGUGCGCUUGUCUAGUGUGAGUAGAGGGCAAAAGUGUGUGUGUGUUUUUGCGUGUAGAUUGAAGAUACUAUCCAGAGGAUCUGAACCUGUGCCAGUGCGGCCCGUUUGCGAGUGUCCAUUUGGUAGCCCUCCCUCAACCGAGGACAUCGGAUACUGCACCGAGGUGGGAUCGCUCAUCCACAGGAAGCGAGACUCAACGGACUGACCAGAACUGGACUGCAAAAGCGAAAGUAUCAUCAUCAAGUCGUCGUAGUAAAUGCUACAAAAAUAGUACAAAAACUUCAAAGACGAAUCAUCUCCCUCGGUUGGACGAAAGGGGCAGCCAUGAAUGUCGUCUGGCGGAUAUUGUUCUACAUCGGAGUCCUGUGGCGAUUUUACGGCUGUCGGCACUUUAUCGUCGAGGCGGCCUGCCCUAAAGGGUGUCUGUGCCUGUCGCCGGCUCAGGUGAUGUGCAACAGUGGUGAACUGCGAGAAAUACCCCUCAAAAACAUGCCCCUCACAGUAGAAACUCUAGCCCUGCAGAAGAACAUCUUCCCGGUGAUCAAGAGUGACGCUUUCCUGGGCCUGAAAGCUCUCCGAAAGCUGUCCCUCGAUCGGAACAACAUCACCACCAUCAAACCGUUUGCGUUCCGUGGGCUUCCCCGGCUGCGGGACCUCUCGAUCCAGCACACCCCGCUGGCCGUCGUGGCGUCGUUUGCCUUCGCCGGCCUCCAGAACGUGUCGCAGAUUUCGCUGUGCCACAACAAAAUUCUUCGCAUCGAAGCGUACGCGUUCGCCGGUUCCGCCGGCAUCCGGUUGCUCAAUCUGGCGGACAAUCCGACCGUGCUGGUCGAGACGAACGCGUUCUCCAGCCUCAGCUCCGUGGACCGGUUGAUACUGCCCUCGGGGAUCCGGAACAUCUCGCAGGACGCGUUCUUCGCGCUUGAUAUGGUCGGCUACCUGAAGCUCUCCUUCAUGGACCUGUCCGAGGUAAGCGCGUUCACCUUCCGGGGGCUCACGAACGUGAAGCUGCUCUCGCUGCAGGAGUCCGACCUGGGCGUCAUCAGUGCCAACGCGUUCGACGGUCUGGACCACGUCGACACGCUCAACAUCCUGAACAACAAAAUCGACGCCAUCCACGAGCUGAACAUCACCGCCGUGAACCACGUCCGGACGCUGCGGCUGCAGGGGAACCACCUGCUGGAGACGCCGGAACCGGGCAGCAUCACGCUGGAGGGGCUGGGCGUGCUGCACGUCGUAGGGAACUACUUCCCCUGCGGGUGCCACAUUCACACCCUGCUCGAUAGUCCGCUGGCGAACGGUAGUUACGCUUCCGGGGAGGACUUCCUGUCCAAGAACUACUGCAUUUCGCCGCUAGAGGUCAACGGACUGCAGAUGGCCCAGCUGGACAUCUUCGCCAUCGGCAGGUGCCACGAGCAGGUGACCCGGGAAAAUUUGGAAGCAUCUGGUGCGGCCAGCCUUGCCGCGUCCCUGGUUCACUUCCGGUGGUGCCAGGGGUCCAGCUCGUGGUGGUGUGACCACAGCUGGAUAAAUUAUUCAGCCACAGUCGCACUGCUGCAUCCGUACGGACUGGUACUGUUAGCUUAUUUUAAAUAUUUUAGGCUCAAAAUCAGUUGAACUUAAUGGGUUUGCCUGUAGCACGUGAUUGUAGUGUGAACCCUCCCCUCCAGCAAACAGCAACAGCAGCUUAGAGAAUUAUGUACGUGUGAAUGUGUUUGUUGGAAGCGUUUGCGUGAAAGUGUGUCCUGCGGGGACCUGGACAAAAUGGGUAGUUUGUUUUCAAUAAUGUACAAACAAGUUCUGUUUAAAAUAUUUAAUAGUGGCGAAUAGAAGUGUGAGCGCGAGUAAUUAUAGCGAUGAUGACGACGCAGCAAAAACAGCAGUAGCAGUAGAAGUGGAAAACUGUAAUGCGGAAGCUUUACACUGAAAACUUUGCUAAAUGAAUUAUUUUACACAAAGGGUGAGCUUAAUGAACACUUUUGUAGGUGAUUC